GACAAAAAUGACAAAUGACAAACUGCUUCUGCAUCUGUCUGUGAUUCAUGAUUUAUUUCAUUUUCCUAGCAAAACAUAAUUUAUUCAUUUUAAAUGUUCUUUAUUUAGUUAGCUGUGUUAAGUUAAUCCAGUGUCUACAGUGAGCAGCUAUUAGCUGGUAUAAGUUAGGCUUACUGUGCUGAAACCGUAAACUAUCUGCCAGGAUGACUCUUGCAGAAUUCUUCAGUUGUUCCCUUCUUGCUUUCGGGGCUCCGUUGGUCAUGUUCGCGUUCACGGUGGCCAAUGACCCUGUCCGCAUCAUCAUCAUGAUAGCAGCAGCGUUUGGGUGGCUACUAUCGUUUUUACUAUCAUCCUUAGUGUGGUAUGCAGUGGUGCCAUUACGAUCGUACUUGGCAUUUGGAAUGGUGUUUGCCAUUAUUUUCCAGGAAAUAUUCCGAUAUGGCAUGUAUGUUCUGCUGAGAAAGACGGAAGCUGGUCUGAAGGAGAUAUCAGAGAACCACAAUAUUGGGAGUAAUAAACUAGAGAUGGCUUAUGUGUCUGGCCUCGGCUUCGGCACUAUGAGUGGAGCCUUUGCCCUCAUUAAUGUUCUGGCUGAUUCUGUUGGUCCCGGAACCCUAGGCCUCCACACAGGCACAGAGUACUUCUUCGUAACAAGCGCCGCCAUGACACUCUGCAUGAUAUUACUAAACACUUUCUGGAGCGUCAUAUUCUUCAGUGGAUUUGAUGAUAAAAACUAUGUGAAAGUCGGAUGGGUCAUAGUAUCACAUUUCUUUGUCUCCGGACUCAGUCUAUUGAACAGUAAGGAGUUAUAUGCAGCUACAAUCUUGCCCUCAUACAUAGUUUUAGCUAUCACAGCCUAUAUUGCCUUCAGAACAGCCGGUGGCUCAGCCAGGAGUCUCAUGCAAAGUAUUGCCACGAGGUCAUAGAACUAAGAUAUUCGGAAUUCAUCUUGAAGAAUUUAUUAGACUGCGCUGAGAAAUUAUAAUGUAAUACAGGGAUUGUUUUCAUUGACAGAUGCAUUUAGAACACAGAUUUGAUUUGAUAAGCGCAUACGCUUGAACAGGACACUAUAACCCAUAUUGAAUAGGACAUUAGUCAAAUGUUUGGCAGUAUUUUGAAGUUAUUUCAAUAUUAUUGGAUGUUUGACUGAAGUCCUGUAAUGUUGGGCUACAAGUUUUAAAGAUUACUAGUUGACUUGUUGUUCCUCACCAUUCACUUAGAUUAGGCCUUGAAAUAGUAAUAAAUAAAUACAUUUUCUAGUUAGAUCAAAUGAAUCCCAAUUCCAGAAUAGCUAGAAAAAUAUAAAUUUUGUAGUAUAUUAGAGGUUUGUGUUAGCAAACAGCUAGAUACUAGAAGCUGAGAUAGAUUUUGUUAUAGGCGAGAGAUAUUUGUAUUUGUAUAGCAAAGAAAUUAUAUACGAUGACAUCCCUUAUCGUACGGUUUCACGUCAUUCUGGAGAAUGGCUCUGAAAGACAUGAAUUAACGUAACAUUAGUUAGAUGUAGGUUGCAAGAGAGAGCGAGAUCGUGAAUUAAGCUUAUAACUUUUUUACUAGGUACCUCGUUGGUCCCAAGUCCAACAAACAGGCAACGAGGUCUCAAAGAUUGAGUUAUUCGAUUCCCAAAUUGACAAUAGUAGCACGAAGAACAUAACUUGACUGACGAAAGUAGGUGUGACUGACUGACUCAUCUGUAUCUCCCUUUGGGAAUAAGUGCGUAUUGACGUAAUUUUUGUCAGCAUUGGCUGUUUAUAUCCAUAAAAACUAUUCUCUGACUAAAUAGUUAAUAUCAAAAAAUACAGUGGCAAUGGGAACCUCCUAGUUUUGAAGUAUGUUAACAAAACAUGACUAAAGCUUGCUUCCUCACAAAUGAGAUAGCUAACGUGUGCUUGAAAUUGUUGGUAAAAGUAAUAUUAUGAAUUAUGAUACAAAGUACCUAUGCGAAAUGUAAUGUAUGGACUGACAUCUCCUUAGCAAUACAUUUAGUGUAAGUUGACCCAUCGUGCUAGUUUAGCGAAAAAGCUUUGUAUUUAAAAAAAAAUGAUCAAGCUUGAGUUUACUCACUGUAAAAGUAACAAAAUAAUAAUGUAUAAAGUAAAAUCAUUGUUUUUAAUAAUAUGAUUAAUUUGUCAAGUAACAAAAUAAUAAUGUAUAAAGUAAUCUUUAUUUUUAAUAAUAUGAUUAAUUUGACAUAUUCAAGUUUACCAUACUUAAAACUGCAAUGACAAACAAAAACAUGGACUUAAUUCUUAAAAAUUUACUUAUUUUAUCUUAAUAGUUUUUCGUUAUCUAGCACGAUGUACACUAGCCGAUAUAAAUACGAUCUAACACGGGUAUCCCACCCAACACCUUAUGUUACAAGAUCGGCAAAAAAAACUAACAGUAUGUAGGUAUUUAUAUGAGAAAGCUCUCAAAUAAAUAUUCAAAAAAUGUCGAUGUAAAUAAUGUUGAUUCACUAAUUUAUUGUUUAAUGCUCAUAAAAUAUUGUUUUAAUAAUUAAAAUUAUAAUAUAGGCAGUACAUAUGUAAUAGAAACCAGAUAAUUAAAGCGGAAUUAAAUGUACAACCACAACAAAACACAAUGUUUUCAAAUUGUAAUUAUUUAUUUUUUUACUAAUAAGUGAGAACAAUCAUUCCUUAGUCUAUGUAUAAAUAAGAAUUGGACGGAGAAUUUGUUACAAUAACUGUUAUCAUAGCACAGUAUUUAAUAAUAGUAAUAUUACAAAUAAAAGUUUUUACAAAUAAAACUAUGACAU